UCUGAAAAUUUCCUCAAAUCACAAUGUUUGGAAAUAGUAUUAAUUGUGUUGUUAAUAUUUGAUGAAAAUUACAUUCUAAAUUAAAUCACAACAAUAUAUUUGAAAAAUAAAAAAAAUAAAAUUUAGAAAUCAGAUGCAAAAGCUAACAAAUAUAGUUGCCGCCGUUAACAUUUGAAAGGAAGAGGCUUUCGAGUUUCGGCGUCGUUGUUGUUUCGUUUCUUCAAUUUUCAUGUCAUGAACAUGGAUUCAGCCACUUGCCCUUUCUGUAAUCUUUCGUUUCCUUCUUCCCAAAUCCAAUGGCACGCAAACACCCACUUCGACAAUGACGAUGGCAAUUAUCGUUCUCCUUCGGUUAGUGGCUUGCAUUUUGAUGCAACUUCUGGAGAUUGUAAGAGUUGGUGUGGUGGUAGAAAUAAUGGGGCAUGGAAAAUGGAUGAAAAGAUCUCUUGCUUGGUUGAUUUGCAGAGAAGGGGAGAGUUUCACAAGGUUGAAAGGGGUUUGAUGGCCUUGUUAAGAAACUGUUUGGAGUCAGAUGGUGAAAACUCACGAAGCAUUUUGUCAGGAUAUGUUGAUCAUUUCCAGAGCAUUCCGUUUGAGGACGUUGGAUGGGGUUGUGGUUGGCGUAACAUUCAAAUACUUAGCUCACACUUAUUGGCACAAAGGCCAGAAGCAAGAGAAGCUAUGUAUGGUGGUUCAGGGUUUGUUCCUGAUAUCCCAUCACUCCAGAGGUGGCUUGAGGUUGCUUGGGAAAGGGGUUUUGAUGCUCCUGGCUCGGAUCAGUUUAACCAUGCUAUCUAUGGCUCAAAAAAAUGGAUUGGAGCUACUGAAUGUGCUGCCCUUUUGCGUUCUUUUGGUCUCCGGGUGAGGGUAGUGGAUUUUGGUCCUAAGGAAUCUGAAUCACUCUAUCUAUCUGUCCCUAGUUCAAGUGUAGGGGCAAAGGAGCUAGUGAGAAUUAAUGAUGCAAGGAAGAGGAAAGCACCAAAUACCCAUGGACCAAUGGAUAGAUAUAUGUCUCGUGCUGUUGCUCAAGCUAGUUGUAGCCAAGAUGCAAAGCCAUGUUCUUCUCUUAUCCGGAUUCGUGACACUGUGGAUAAAGAAAGUAGUGGUGAUAGAGUGCUAAACAGUACUGAAAGACAAAAUGAGGGUCAUCGAGUUCUUAUGGAUUUUGUGUGGAACUACUUUUCUCAUAAAGACACAGUUCAAUUUGGCCAGAGGCGUGUUCUUAUUAGUGACAAAACGCCCUUGUACUUUCAACAUGAUGGGCAUUCAAGAACAAUAGUUGGAAUUCAAGUCAAAUAUCAACAGUCUGGAAUUCCACAAUACAGUCUCCUGGUUAUGGAUCCUGGUCAUAGAACGGCUGCUCUAGAAAGAUCACUUAGGGAGAAAGUUGGAUGGCAGAAAUUCAUAAAAAGAGGAGUGCACACACUAAAGAAGCAACAAUAUCAGUUGUGUUAUGUUGAUCCUGGAAUUGCCAGUGAGGAGGAGAUGGAAAAACUCAAGACAAUUGAUAGCGUCUUCCUUGAAUUUUAAAGAACCAUACAAAGGACCUUGCUAAUUCAAGGUCUUGGGCUCAGACAUCGUAAACCUGAUACGUAGUUAGUUACUGCUACUGCAUUAUUAAGUUGGGCAAGCAAUGCAUAUGGAAAAGGUAAUUUACAAAUUGCACCUUUCGAAAAUGUGGAUCAAUUUUUGAAAUUAUUGAAAAUAAUAUAUCAAGUUGCUUGUCAGUAAGGUUUUGUUGAAAUUGUCAUCUCUUUAGCAGGAUUUUAAUUCACCAAGGAUCUUCUCCUUCAUGCUUAAGAUUCCUAUUUCGAUGGCCUUUUAUUUGCUCCUUUCCCUAAUUGUCUUGGGCCAACCAAUGCAACAGUGAUCCAUGUAACAUAUAUGCAGAUGAAACACAUCAGAUUUGGAUUUUAGUUGCAAUUGCACUGUAGAUUCUGAACCUGUGUGGGGAAAGAAAGGAGGUUUCAAUUGUAUGCAGUUUUAUUGAAUUUACAUUUAGGCGUUAAGAGAUUUUAGACUUGCCUCCUAUACUUUUUAGUACUAGAAUAACUUCCAUUAUUUAUUCAGAAAUGCAGUGCAUUUUCAAAACAUAUAUGAAUAUAGGAUGAGAAGGUCAUUCUUAUGUUUGUUGAUGUGUCAAGAUGAAAUAGCGCAUUAACUAUGAUCAUAGUUAUUCGAAUCUUACAAUUUGAUAUGAUUAGGCAAUUUUGGCUACCUAUUGAUUUGUAUCAUAAGAUAAACCUCAAAUGACUUUGAAUCUUACAAUCCAUUAAUGAAUCAGUGCAAUUUCGUAUAAUCAAUACAAAUCACACGAUUUAAU